AUGUCACUUGGGCAGACGAAUCAACUUGUCGUCCUAGGUUUCGUCCUGUCUCUUAUGAGCUUCUGUAGUCUGAGCGCUUCGUACAAGGUGUUCAGCGGAGGAGCCACGGAACGUGAGGUCAAGGCACCUGGUAUGGAUUUUGGUAUGACAGCGGCACCAGGGUAUCAGUUGAUUGGUAAUGGUCUCUCGCUGCUUCCCAAUGUUUAUUUGCCAUUCUGGUUACAUCCGGCUCUCAACCGCACAUACGGAUUUAACCUGUUUGUUGCCGACAAUGACACCUCAGCUAUUCUUGAUGCACCUCUUCCAGGGACCCUGGUGAAGCUCCAGUCCUCCCUCGAACUCUAUCAAUCUGCCACUCUCGAGGUAGACGUUAAUACAACAGUUACUGAGAGAAUCAACCCAUCACCAGCGCAGCGGGCAGACAAUAACUUUUGGACAGAAACAAAUGAUACAUACCCGAACCCAAUUAACUCACCUGGACCUGGUGGAAAGACCCCCUACGAAAUUUGGAGUGGACAGGGCAAAGACGGCAAUAUUUUCAAUGAGACUUACCUGUCUCGUUGGGAUCCCGCAUCGGGACAAACAUUCGCAUCCCAAGCAGAGCGUUUCAUCACGACACGACGGACCUGCACAGGUACCUGGAAUGUAACUCGGACUAACGCGACCUUGAUUGGCGUUCGCAAUCUUAUACGAGCCGAUCAAGCUAUCAACGAUCAGUUAGUCAUCCAGAAGAACGCGCUCGAGAUUGGUACGAUUUUCAAUCAAUUUCUAGGCGAGUUCGACUACACGGCAAGGGGAAGAUACAAUCAACGCUUGCCAGAUUCGACGCUCGCAGAACCAGUGUUCGUGCCAAAGAUCAACACUCGCUCUCCUUUAGUAGCUGCGAUGAUCUGGGCUCGCAUUGUCAGUCUGGAUGGGCCAGAACGACCGACCCAUGAGAACAAUGUUGGGCCUGUGGAUUACCAUCUGAGCUAUCCUAAACGGAGUGAUCAGAUUGAGAUGGUCAGGCGCGUGCUCACUCUCAAAAGAAGUCGGUGGCUGGUAGUUAUCCUAGUCAUUCACCCUGUUCUCACUAUACUUGCUCUUGCGGCGAAGUUGACAUUAUUUGGAACACCUAUUAGUGACGACUUUGGUGUAGUAUCGCUCCUGGCGGCUCUGGGAGAGGACGAAAUCAGGAAGCUGCAAGGCGCUGCUCUGAGCGGGCAGCUGAGCAAGACCAUGAGAGUCCGCUUUGUCGUCAACGGAAGAGGUGCGGAUGCCACGUAUGACCAGCUGCAGAUUGAGUUGGACUCUAAAGAGCCAUCAGAUAGACUGACUAAGAGAAUGUUAUAUGGUUGA